CCGUUCCGAGGCUCGAUGUCUGCCUGUGAUGUCAGGGCUCUACGGAGAGACCGUGAUGUCACAGCAGGCCCCGAGUGGCGACCUUGGCGCGCGGAAGGGCUGGGAGGACCGGCGGGGAGAAAAAGGAAGUUCAGUCCUAGCAGAUUUGAACCGAAAUCGUGGUAUCUCGGCUUCGUACAGUUUGAAUGUAAUAAUUGUCAGCAAGAUGAGGUCUUAUUGUGUUGUCCAGGCUGGCUUCAGUCUUCCUUUGAAUUCUUUUCACAGUGGGCAUCUGUUAUGCACCUUAAGCCAUAUUGGAAACUCCAGAAGAGAGAGUGCCCUCUCGAAGUCAGCACGGACCCUCUAAGAACACCUGUGAGCCACCAAAACACUGUCAGUGAUGAAAAGGGCAAAGCUAACUACAUGAAACCAACUGUCUUUCCUUCAGCCUCCCUUGUCAAAGCAACAUCUAGAAAACCUUUUGGGAUCCUUUCUCCAAAUGUUCUAUGCAGUAUGAGUGGGAAGAGUCCUGUGGAGAACAGCUUGAAUGUGAAAGCCAAGAAGAAUGUGCCGUCUGCAACAGUACACCAGGGUGAAGAAGGAGGACUGCCUGGUAGCUGGGCUAUUGUCAAGCCUGGAAAUACAAAGGAGAAAAUUGCAUUCUUUGCAGCCCACCAGUGUAGCAAUAGGAUAGGAUCUAUGAAAAUAAAAAGCUCCUGGGAUAUCGAUGGGAGAGCCACUAAAAGAAGGAAAAAAUCAGGGGAUCUUAAGAAAGCCAAGGUACAGUUAGAAAGGAUGAGAGAAACCAACAGCCAGUGCUAUCAGCCUGAGCCAUUUGCAUGUGGCAUUGAGCACUGUUCUGUGCAUUAUGUGAGUGACAGUGGGGAUGGUGUCUAUACUGGAAGGCCUCUGUCGGUGAUACAGAUGGUUGCCUUCCUUGAGCAGAGAGCCAGUGCUCUGCUAGCUAACUGUUCGAAAAACUGCACAAAUUCGACUGCCAUCGUGAAGAUUACUGGCCAGUCCCGAGCUGUGCCACCUGCAUCUGAGCCGUUCUCUGCCCCAGGAACUUGUGAAGAACCCACGGAAAGAGGAAAUCCUGAGGGUGGCAGGUCACAGAGUGAGCCAGUCCGUGUCCUUGACAUGGUAGCCAGGCUGGAGUCCGAGUGCCUGAAGCACCAGGGCCAGCGGGAACCGGGGACCCUGUCACGGAAUAACAGCUUCCGUCGAAAUGUAGGCAGGGUGCUGCUCACUAAUGGUGCUCAGGCCGAUGACAAAAAUGGAAAAGGCCCCACAGAUGUACCUGACACCCAGGUACAUCCCAUGCAGUCAGUGUCUAUGGGUGAAGGACCCUCCACAGCUGACCACUGUUCUGUGGGUGACCAGGUCUGGGAUGCUAUGUCUAAGGGCUGUCCCUCGCCAGCAGGCGUGAGCUUCCACACGGAUAGCACAGAAUUAGAGCCAGGUCAGCAAACAGCUGCGAAGAACUGCAACAGGCAUGACAUAGAAAUGACAGAUGAAUUUGAUGAAUUGCCCUUUUCUUCUCACACCUGUCUUCAAGCCACUGAAUUGCCCACAGAUGCUAUCAGUUGUAUGAGCAGAGCACUUGUACCACUCACAAACCACAGUUCCAAUCAGAGAAAAGAAACUGUGUGCAUCAGUAUUACGGUGUGCACAGUAGAGAAAGACCAGCCUUCUGCUUUAGACUCCCUUGAAGAGCCUCUUCCAGGGAUGCUGUUUUUUCUCUCACCUGGGAAGGACCAGCAAGAAUGUUCCCAGUUGAAUGAACACACAGCACAAGAGGCUUCAGAGGCCAGGAGGCCUCAAGAUGCUGCUGAGGGCAACAGUGUAUGUGAGGAGAAAGGUGUUUCUGUGGAGCCAUUUGUCCCAGCAGCUGCUGUGGUGGAAAGUACAUCACCAGUGCUUGAGGCAUCCAAUUGGAAGAAGCAGGUGUCUCAGGAUUUUCUGGAGACCAGGUUUAAAAUCCAGCAACUUCUGGAGCCUCAGCAAUACAUGGUAUGCCUGCCUCACCACAUCAUGGUUAAAAUCUUCAGGUUACUCCCCACCAGGAGUUUAGCAGUUCUUAAAUGUACCUGCCGCUAUUUCAAGUUCAUCAUCGAAUACUACAACAUCAGGCCAGCAGAUUCUCGGUGGGUUCGAGACCCACGCUAUAGAGAAGACCCUUGCAAGCAGUGCAAGAAAAAGUAUGUGAAAGGUGAUGUGUCCCUGUGCCGGUGGCACCCCAAACCCUAUUGCCAGGCAUUGCCUUAUGGGCCUGGGUACUGGAUGUGCUGCCACCGGUCUCAGAAGGGCUUCCCUGGCUGUAAGCUGGGCCUUCAUGACAAUCACUGGUUACCUGCCUGCCACAGCUUUAAUCGGGCAAUCCAUAAGAAAUCAAGAGGGAGCGAAACGGAAGAGGAAUACUGAAGUCCACAUAAGAGGGAGCAGGACUGUGAAACAUCUGGGUCAACCCUGAGGCGUGUGACCUCAUCCCCACCCUUUCCGGAGUCUCUGCUCAGACCAGACUGCUAUUGCACAGGCAGUUUUUAAACACUUAAUUUGCCAGCUGUACAUGAGAUUAGUUCCAUGGUUUUGUAUGGUGGUGCCUCACAUUUAACCCUUUCAGCUGUGAAGAACUCUGCCUGUUUGCCUCCAUCAAGGACAUCCAGAGGUCACCAGGCAGUCCCCACAGGGGAUCCCAAAAUGUCCCAGUACUGGCUCUGUAUUUGGAGUGAGUGGAAAAGAAAGCAAAGCCUCUGAGAAUUAUGCCUAAACAGAAAGUUGGGCACUGUACCUAUACCUUGUGUGCUUGAUUUUGUGAGAAUGAUGUUUGCAGGUGGAGUUUAUGCCCUGUGGUGUUUACAGUGUAUAUAAUGGUUGUGUUUUCAUGGGGCUGUGAAAGUGCACAUUAAACCUGAGCGCCUGUACCUGGA